GCAGAGGAAGAGGUUUUGCCUCCAGGCAAUCUUAUCCCAGGGCUAGCCAAAGUCAAAGAUAUCAGUCUUUGUCCAGGACAGUGUCCAAUGAUCUAGCUGAAGUAAAGCGAAUCAUUGAUAUGGCAGAGAAACCGUUUCUUAGCCUUCACGCUGUAGAAAGUACCAGUGAAACUGCAUGUGAAAAUCAAGAGUUUACCAAUGAAGUAGUGGAUAUCUGCGUUGAGAAUUCGCAGCCUAAUUUGAAUACUGAAGAAAAUGUUGAUGGGUCAAACAAUCACGAAUUAAUUAAAAUUGUAUGUUAUAACAACGAUCAAACGGUAUUGAAACAGGAUCAGAAUAGCGACGCCAUGCAAAUUGAAACGUUCGAUGAAAAUGUUGAGAAUCUCGAGCCAAGCAUUAAUGAAGACAUGAGUAUUUCUAAAAUGGAUGAAGACUUGGAACCUCCGGUUAUCAUUGUGAGCACGAUGGAAGAUUCGGGGGAUGAUUGUUCCGCAGAUG